CUUCUGAUUCGAUGGGGGCGUUCACGUGAUCAGUUUGCCACUCUUUCCCUCAGAGGCUCUCAUGUAUUGUAAACAAAAAUGGCGUCAGCUUUGGAGAACUUGGAAGCUCAAUUAGAACUCUUUAUCGAGAACGUACGGCAAAUACGCAUUAUAGUGAGCGAUUUUCAACCGCAAGGGCAAAAUGUAUUGAAUCAAAAGAUUCAAGGCUUAGUCAAUGGCUUACAGGAAAUUGACAAGCUGAAGUCUCAGGUACAAGAUGUUCAUGUGCCACUGGAGGUGUUUGAUUAUAUUGAUCAAGGGAGAAAUCCGCAAUUAUAUACCAAAGACUGCAUAGAGAAAGCUCUGACCAAGAAUGAACAAGUGAAAGGAAAAAUCGACGCUUAUAGGAAAUUUAAAGCGAACAUGCUGGUGGAACUGAAUCGAGUUUUCCCAAAUGAACUAACCAAAUACAGAGCUAUUCGUGGAGAUGAGUAGAAUAAUCUAGUUUUAAGUAUCAGAUUUUGACAAACAAAUGUUUUUGCAAACAAUAUUGCAUGUUAUAAUUUAUGUGUAAUUUAUAAUUUCAAAAUUUAUAGUUUUUAUAAUUUUAAAAUUUAUUAAUUCUAGAACACUAUUAUGUAUGUAAAUUGGCAGUCUGCAGAUUGAAUUUGAUUUGUCUUUUUAUUCUUUCUUUCAAGUUAAUAAAAGUUAAGGUCAAAGAUCUAGGUCAUAUUUUAUAAAUAUUAUAAAUAUAUGUUAUUACAUUACCUCAUAAGUAUCAUUCAAUGACAAUAGCGUUCUAGGAUUAAAAAAUGUACUACAUGUGCAUAAUUAUUUUCUUGUAGAUGUACAAUAUCAAAUGUAAAAGGACUGAUUAUUAUUGCUAUUAUAUCCUUCAAUAAUCAAAGACAGUCUCUAGCCAAUAUCAGAGAGCUGUAUAUAAAAAGAAAAAUCAUAGCGCCGUCAAUAGAGAAUAAUCUGGCGAUGAGCUUUUUUUUUAUUUUUUUAAAUUUUAGAUAAGCAAGUUAUAGAUUUAUACAAAUAGGACUAACGAGCGAGCGGGCAAACCAAGUGUAGCGCGAAUCGAUCUUUGCAUCUACAGAGGACUGCCUCUUUUACAUUCUUUUUUUUGGGGGGAGGGGGGGUCGACUCACAAAGCUCUGUCGAGGUAAUCGAGGUAAUCGGUUUCUAACAGCGAAUUUGAAUGGUCAGGUGCAAAUUAAAGCACAUACUAAAAAGGUUGCUGUACACAAAUUGAAAUAAAAAAAUGUGCGUGUGUGUGUACGCGACUUAACAAAGGAGAUUGUUUACGCGCGCAAUCUAUGCAGUGCACAUGGCGUUUUUUUUUUUGUUCACAGAUAAAUAAGAUGUUGAACAUCUCGGUCUCGCACUGGUCGCCACUAGUGCGAGGCUUCGUUUUUUGUUCUAACUAUUGAAGCGCAGUUUUCACAUCUUUGCUCUUCACAAACUUCAGUAUUAAGCAACACUGUCUCAUCGUUCAUAGAAGGGCAAUUCUUGAUCAGCUUGUGAAUCUGAUGGCUUGAUAUUACGCGCCAAUUUCCAUAAUAAAUAUACCAUCGGUAUGAUCGAUUUAAAUGUCUGCAGCUUGUUUCACUCGUAGCGCUCGAUCACGAGUCUGUGAGAGAGCCAACGUUUCAUACAAUAUUGUUGGACCACCCAAUCGUCGUACCCGAUACACAUAAUCCGUAUUCACCCACAUGAACUUGCUUGUCGUUGAUGUAUAUAAUGUGAUUUUCUAUAAAUUAAAAUAAAUUAUGUAAUUUUCUAAAAAUUAAACUUACAAGAGUA